AUGGCUACAAACGAUGAUUACAAAGAACGUCUACAAAUAUUCAAAAAAAAACAACUUGAAGAGCAAGAAAAAACAGAACAAGAAAUCCAACAACUUCGGGAUGAAAUCGAAAAAAUAAAACGUGAAGCUGAAGAAAUAGAACUGACCAAGGAGAGCAAAUAUCAAAAUCAAAUCGAAAAAAUGAAAAGUGAAGCUUGGAAUAUAAACCAAAUCCAAGUAGCAAUAGAUAAACAUAAUAUCAACAAAAACAUACGUGAACUUGACGUGUUAAUGGAAAUCGAAGAAACAAAUGAACGAAUCGGAAAUGCGAAACUACGUAUCAGACAAGGAAAACAAAAAAUCUUAGAAAGAGAAAAACAAUUAAACCAAAUGAAACUUCAAGAAAUAAAUGAAAGUAUCGAAAGAAAACGACAGAUGUCAGAAGAGGAAAACGUUUCAUCAACUGCAAAACGUCGUUGUGUAUUUACAUCUCAUAAUUUUUACGAUAUCGAUGUAAUCGAUAAUUCAUAUUCGUUCGAUAUUAAUGAAGUAUCAGAGUACAAUUAUUAUUUUAAUCAUAAUGUAUUAAAUUAUAUUGAACAUAAUUCAAAUCAAUUUUUAUCAUAUUCUAAAUUAAAUGAAAAAGAAAUUCGUGAAGAAUUUGAUCAUUUAAUUUUUUCAUUAUUAAAUACAUUGAAAAAUGAUACAUUACUGAAAUAUUUAAAUACAUCUUCUUCAUAUUAUUUAGAAGAUAAAUUUAAUCCUGAUUGUACAUUUAUAUAUAAAAAUAUAAAUAUCAAUAUUAAUAAAGAAUCAUUUUUACAAGACUUAUAUUUAAUUGAGCAAUAA